UGAGUGAAAAAGGGGCGGGCUAAAUAUCUGAAGGGCUGAACAGGAAACUGGCAACAGGUGAGCAGGUGGGUGGAGGUCAGGUGACUGUGAUUUGAGGGGAGGAGUUACUGCAAGCAGAGAGAGGAGAGGGAGGUGACUGGCUCAAGAAGAAAAGUCAGAGGGAAUUCAGGAAGUGGACAUGUGGCUGGAGUAGAGAACAGAGAGACAAAAUGGGACACAACUAAUGUUCCAUGCUAACACUUCAGCAUAACUAACACACACUUCAACAGCCCAUUUAGUAUGAUUACCCAACACUUUAAUGGUUAAAUGGUCCAUGCUAACACUUUUGGCCGACCUGUUUUCAUGCUUACACCUUGGCAUAACAAACUAAAACAAUAAUCUCCCAUGCAAACAUUUAACUUGUGGUGCAAAAAAGAAUAACCAAAGCUUGCUUGUGUCCAUGUGGUAGUGGAGUGGAUUGUCCUGUAAAACACCAAGACAGUAGCUGCUUGAAGAACUAUCAGAAGCAAUACUUUUAUAUUUGCAUCAUGUUCUACAAUAAAAGCAACAUAUAGUGGAGAAGAGGUGAUAUCAUCCAAACUAAAGAAGGCAGCCAUCAACCACUGAUGUGUCGACUCUGCCAAUCGAGAGGAAAAGAAGAAGAAAAAGGCAGAUUGGAGGUGCUCUUUGGACAGUCCAGAAGAUAUUUUAUGGCUUUCUCUGUUGAAAUCUUCACUGAGUCACCUGGAAAGUUCCUGUGGACGUCCACAGUCAGGACAGACGGAGAGAUAGACGGACAGACAGGACAGUCAGUCAGUACUGAAGGGACUCUCUGCAUUUAUGGUUACCUGAAUGUCAGCGCUGCAGGCCAGAUGCCGGUGAUGGAGGAGCUUGUCAGUGAGAGUGACAGCAUGCCAAAGCGGAUGGCUCUGAUCUGCUUCCUGUCUCUGGUCAUGCUGAUGAGCAUCCUGGGAAACCUGCUGGUCAUGGUGGCCGUCUGCAAGGACAGACAACUCAGGAAAAUUAAGACCAACUACUUCAUCGUGUCCCUGGCGUUCGCUGACCUGCUGGUGUCGGUGCUGGUGAUGCCGUUCGGUGCCAUCGAGCUGGUCCACCAGCACUGGAUCUACGGCGAGACCUUCUGCCUGGUCCGGACCUCGCUGGACGUCCUGCUGACCACCGCGUCCAUACUGCACCUGUGCUGCAUCGCCCUGGACAGGUACUACGCUAUCUGCUGCCAACCGCUGGUCUACCGGAACAAGAUGACGCCCAUGCGAGUUGCUCUGAUGAUCGGCGGCUGCUGGGUUAUUCCCACCUUCAUCUCCUUCCUGCCCAUCAUGCAGGGCUGGAACAGCAUCGGCAUCGACCACCUGAUUGAGGAGAGGCGCCACAAUGAGGGCAGCAACUCCACGUCCUGUGUCUUCAUGGUGAACAAGCCAUACGCCCUCACCUGCUCUGUGGUGGCCUUCUACAUCCCUCUGGUGCUGAUGGUGCUGGCCUACCAGAGGAUCUACGUCACGGCCCGUGCACACGCCCUGCAGAUCAGCAUGCUGCAGCGGGCGGGAGGAGCAGGCUCCAGUGCACCGGGAACUUCCGGUGCCGGGGUCACAGACUCUGCUGACCAUCAGCGCAACCAUCGCAUGCGCACAGAGACUAAGGCAGCCAAGACUCUGUGCAUCAUUAUGGGCUGUUUCUGCCUCUGCUGGGCACCGUUCUUUGUCACCAACGUGGUGGACCCCUUUAUAGACUACACAGUGCCGGACCAGCUGUGGGCGGCCUGCCUGUGGCUGGGCUACAUCAACUCCAUGCUGAACCCCAUCCUCUACGCCUUCCUCAACAAGUCCUUCCGCCGUGCCUUCCUCAUCAUCCUGUGCUGUGGGAGGAAGAGGUACCGCAGGCCGUCCAUCCUGGGGUCCGGCGCUCCCUGCACCGCCACGCAGAUCAACGGCUCCACACAUGUACUCAAGUAA